AUGAAUGAAGAAAUUCCAGAAUUUGAUGAAGCAAUUCCAGACAUGAAUGAUGCAAUUCCAGACUUGAAUGAAUUUAUGGAUUUGAACCAAGAUCCCGAGUCAUGCUACAUUCAUCCACUAAUGGAUGACAUUCCACUCGUGUUUCAUCCAUAUGUCUCACAUAUACAAAAUGUUGAGGGUAAUGGACAUGGCGGAUUUCGAGCAAUAUCUGUUUGUCUCGGGUAUGGAAAAGAUCAAUGGCUCUAUGUUCGAAAACAACUAGUAUACGAGUUAGAGAGUGCAUUCAAUGUAUACGCUACGGUUUUCACAGAUGGAAUCUAUGAAUUAUGGAAUUCAUUGUAUUUCUUCGGACCGAGUGCACCAACGCAACAUUGGAUCCUUAUUCCUAAAACAGUUAUUCUGAUUGCUAACAGGUUUGGUGUGGUCCUUACUUCCUUAACCAAUCAUGGUUCCUUAACUUUCUUUCCUCUUUGGAAAGGCCCGAAAGAAUUUUUGGACCAUCGGAUUAUUACAAUUUCACUUAUGCGUGGUCCUCAUUAUGUUAUGGUACAAUUAAAAGAAGAUUGUCCGAUGCCUACCAUUUCGGCUUUAUGGAUCCGUCACAGAGCCCCGUGUGCAGCUGGAUGGAAAACGAUGUUUACGUCACGUCUGCAAAUUUAUAGACAACUGAAACCUUGUAAUGGUGAUUUUAUAACUAUAGAGGAUUGUUAA